AUGGCAGUCCAACUCCAACCCGUCAACCCUCCUAUGGGUCCCAACCUAGGUUUCUGCGUCGGCAAAACCACCGUUCUAACCAUGAAAGAGAAAGUCUGGUCCCUCUCCGGCGACACCUUCACCAUCACGGACGAGAACGACCAAGUCGUCGUCCAAUGCAACGGCACCACCUUCUCCAUGUCGGACCGCAAGGAAUUCCUCAGUCCCGACGGUCGACCGCUGUUUAGUCUGCGCAACAAGCUGUUGUCGAUCCAUAAAUCGUUUUAUGCCGAGGGAGCUGGGGGAGAGAUUGUGUUUGAGGUUAAAUCGAAGUUUUCGUUCCUGAAAUCGAAAAUGCAUGCUACCUUUACCAACGCCUCGGAUAAACAAGUCGUGGAGUUGGAGUGUAGAGGUGAUUGGUUGGAUCGAAGUGCUACGAUUACAGAUUUGAAGAAUGGACAGGUCGUGGCGCAGAUUAGUCGGAGUCGAUUUAAUAUGCGCGAGAUCUUGGGCGGACAGCAGAGUUAUUAUGUUGCGGUCGCGCCCAAUGUCGAUCUUUCUCUUAUGGCGGCGAUUUGUAUUUGUUUGGAUGAAAAGGAGAAUGAGAAGAAGUGA